CUCGGGGCUUUGUGCAGGACUUUUCCCCGUCAGGAGCCAGCUGUGGAGCUAUGACAUAGCGGAGAGAGGCGCCUCUCCGGGCGUGCUGUAGGAACCGUGGCUGUCGCAUCCUUGGACAGCAGAGGUCUUUGUAACCAGAUAAGGAGAUACGCAGGAGGAUAUGAACAUGCUUACAUCUCUCGGAUGUUAAUUUCCAACGCAAAUAGGACAUCAUUCUGCCUUGGUUGUGUGUUUACUUCCUGACAUCGGAUCCCUCAUCACAGCUGAAGUUGUCUGGAAGACUUGGAAUGCAGAAAAGGGAUUUUCUUUCAUGUUUGUUUGCUGCUCGGUACGGAUUGUUCCAGGUGGAGAAGCAUCUAUAGAGUUUUCCUACUGCUUCCAUCAAAGUUUCUUCUCAUUGUUUUGUCCACCCUUUUAAUUCCACCCCGCUCAGCAUGUUCUGACAGCUUGCAGGUUAUCAUUGUUUCCAGACACCAUCCUCGCCGAGGUUACAGGUAGGCUACCUGAGCCGACUCACCUCACCGCUAAUGCCCGCAGAUCAGCUCACGGAGAGCGGCAGUCUGUCUGAAACACAGCGCGCUCCCAUCAUCAUGGAUACUGCUGCGUGGAAACCUCUGUCCGCUUGGACCGGGUCAUCAUUUGGGAUGUGGAAAACAUACCUGGGAAUACUGAUGCUGCUUCAUCUGGUGCUCCACGGCGGGGCUUCAUCUGCGCUCAGGUCCUGUGAUAAAAGCUGUUUUUCAGGGAGGUGUGUCAACGGGAGCUGCGUGUGUGACCACGGCUGGGUCGGGGAUCAGUGUCAGCACUGCCAGGGAAGAUUCAAGUUAACAGACCUGUCGGGCUCUCUCACAGAUGGUCCAGUUAACUAUAAAUACAAGACUAAAUGCACUUGGCUAAUAGAAGGAUACCCUAAUGCAGCGUUACGGCUGCGCUUCAAUCACUUUGCCACGGAGUGCAGCUGGGACCACAUGUAUAUCUAUGAUGGGGACUCCAUUUAUGCACCUUUGAUUGCUGUGUUCAGUGGUCUGGUGGUACCGGAGAUGAAGGGGAAGGAGACGGUACCCGAGGUGGUGACGACGUCUGGGUAUGCCCUGCUCCACUUCUUCAGCGACGCUGCAUACAACCUGACGGGUUUCAACAUUGCCUACUCAAUAAACUCCUGUCCCAACAACUGCUCGGGCCACGGCCGAUGCAACGCUGGGAACUCUGUCGUGGGCCGGGUGUACUGUGAAUGUGAUGAGUACUGGAAAGGAGAGGCCUGUGACAUUCCGUACUGCAGAGCCAACUGUGGCAGCCCGGAUCACGGCUACUGCGACCUGACGGGAGAAAAGCUGUGUGUCUGCAACGACAGCUGGCAAGGUCCUGACUGCACUCUCCCUGUUCCCUCCACGGACGCCUUCUGGAUGUUGCCCAGCAUCAAACCGUCAGCUCAGUCUCUGGGCCGGGCCUCCCACCGAGCCCUGGUGCAUUCUGGGUUGAUGUGGGUAGUGGGAGGCUACUCCUUCAACUACUCCAACUACCACAUGGUGCUCAAUUAUAAUCCAGACAUGAGCACCUGGGACGUGGUGCCUGCCAGCAACGGACCCCUCUACAGAUAUGGACACUCUCUGGCUCUCUACCAGGAAGACAUCUAUAUGUUUGGUGGAAAGCUGGAGGCAGGACCUGCUAACAUCACGGAUGAGUUGUGGUUGUUUAACAUCCCCACUCGUACCUGGUCACCACGGAAACCAGCUCCAGCACCUCUUUAUGCUCUUGAGGGCCACACGGCUCAUGUGGUGGAGCUGUCCAACGGUGACCCGGUGAUGCUGAUCUUCUUCGGCUACUCGCCCAUCUACAGCUACACCAACAAAGUUCAGGAGUACAACAUCAGGUCAAACUCGUGGCAGGUUGUGUCUGUCGGAGGCGCCGUGGUUCAGGGAGGUUACGGCCACAGCAGCGUGUACGAUGAAGCCAGCGGCUGCGUGUACGUCCAUGGGGGAUACAAGGCACUGAGCAACAAUAAAUAUGGCCUGGUGGACUACAUGUACCGCUACAGUGUUGGCACGAGAACAUGGUUGAUUCUCAGAGAGAGUGGUUUGCCACGGUACCUCCACUCGGCGGUGCUGUUGAGUGGCACAAUGCUGGUGUUUGGAGGAAACACUCACAAUGACACAUCUCUAAGCAACGGAGCCAAGUGUUUUUCUGCUGACUUCCUGGCAUACGAUAUAGCUUGUGACAAGUGGACAGUCCUUCCUAGACCAGGGCUUCACAGGGACGUAAACCGCUUUGGACACUCUGCUGUGGUUAGCAACGGCUCCAUGUACGUCUUUGGAGGCUUUUCGGGUCUGCUUCUGAAUGAUGUGUUGGCCUACACCCCUCCGUCCUGCCGAGCCUUCUUAUCCUCAUCUCUGUGUUUGGCGGCUGGGCCUGGAGUUCGCUGCCACUGGGUGAAAAGUAAAUGCCUCCCAUGGGAGUCAAUACAGCAUGACCACAUCAUUCCAGCUCCUUUUUGCCCUGCACGACCUGAUAGUACAGAUGAACAGUGUAUCCACUUCUCAGACUGCGCAAGCUGCACGGCCAACACCCGGGGCUGUCAGUGGUGCGAGGACAGGAAGUGCAUCUCUGCCUCGAGCAACUGCACUGUGCUAACUCUGGAGCUGGCCCAGCACCAUGGUGGCGCUCUGUCUCUGUCUCCUCCUCCAUCCAUGUUGUCUGAACAUCAGCUCAGCUUGUGGAAGCAUGGAGGGCGAAGGAGGGGACAUUCUGUGAGAGACUCGUCCAGGUGCAAGCGCAGGGAGGAGCAGGAGUGUUCCCGACUGGCCAGCUGCAGGAGCUGCUCCCUGAACAUCAACUGUCAAUGGGAGCCGCAGCAGCAGGAGUGUCAGGCACUGCCCGGCCAGAUGUGCGGGGACGGCUGGUACCAUGUCGGAGAGGUCUGUCUGAGGAUCAACUCCAGCAGAGAGAGCUACGACAACGCCCAGCACUACUGCAAAAACCUGGGAGGAAAUAUCGCCUCCCUGCUCACAGACAAUCAAGUCAGUUUUAUUCUGGAGGAGCUACAAAAAGAUCAGCUGGAAAAUCAGAGGUUAUCUCCGUGGGUGGGCCUGAGGAAAAUCAAUGUAUCCUACUGGGGCUGGGAGGAUACAUCCCCAUUUACCAACACCACUCUGCGAUGGUUGCCCGGAGAGCCCAGUGACUCAGGCUUUUGCGCCUACUUGCAUAGAGCGGAGACGUCCGGACUUAAAGCCAACCCCUGCACCGCCACCGCUGAUGGCCUGAUCUGUGAAAAAGCUGCUGGGAGUCCACAGAGUCAAAAUGCUCGUCCCUGUAAGAUGCCCUGUGCUCUGCGGACCAGCUGUGCCAACUGCAGCAGCCAAGCCAUGGAGUGCAUGUGGUGUGGAAGCACCCAGCGCUGCGUAGACUCUCCAGCGUACGUCAUCUCUUUUCCGUACGGUCAGUGUAUGGAGUGGCAGACCCAGGAUUGUUCCGCCCGGAACUGUUCCGGUCUCAGAACCUGCUCUGAGUGUUUGGAGAGAGUCGAGUGUGGCUGGUGUGGCGAUCCCAGCAACACCGGUAGAGGUGUGUGCAUGGAAGGUUCCUACCGAGGCCCCCUGAAGCCUGCGAACACACGGUCUGCAUCUAGGGUGCGAGACAGAGACAUGGUGGUGGAUCAGAGUCUCUGCUCAUCUGACAGAGGCUACAACUGGGCCUUUAUCGAAUGUCCUGCGUGUCAGUGUAACGGCCACAGCAGGUGUGUGAAUAGCAGUGUGUGUGAGCACUGUGGGAACCUGACAGGAGGGACGCACUGUCAGACCUGCAUGCCCGGUUAUUAUGGAGACCCCACCAAUGGAGGGAAGUGUAACGCUUGCAAGUGUAACAGCCACGCAAAUUUGUGCCACGUCGGCUCUGGAAAAUGCUUCUGUACCACAAAGGGGGUCAAGGGAGACCAGUGUCAGCUAUGUGACUCAGAAAACCGAUACCUUGGUAACCCCCUCCGUGGAACCUGUUACUACAACCUGCUGAUCGACUACCAGUUUACCUUCAGCCUGCUUCAGGAGGACGACCGUCACUAUACCGCCAUCAACUUUAUGGCCACGCCAGAACAGGCCAACAAAAACCUUGACAUAUCCAUCAACGCAUCGAACAACUUCAACCUCAACAUCACCUGGUCCUUCAGCUCAACAGCUGGUACCAUAUCUGGUGAAGAAAUGUCCAUCAUAGCGAGGACUAACAUCAAGGAGCACAAGAACAGCUUCUCGUGUGAAAAGUUUAACUUCCGGCUUCACCACAACAUCACCUUUUACGUGUAUAUGUCCAACUUCAGCUGGCCGAUAAAGAUCCAGAUCGCUUUCUCUCAACACAACAGCAUCAUGGACCUGGUGCAGUUCUUCGUGACCUUCUUCAGCUGUUUCCUGUCAUUGUUACUGGUUGCCGCUGUGGUUUGGAAAAUCAAACAGACCUGCUGGGCUUCCCGACGUAGAGAGCAGCUGAUGAGAGAACGGCAGCAGAUGGCCAGUCGUCCCUUCGCUUCGGUUGCUGUGGAACUGGAGGUGGCCGGUGACCAAGAGGAGCUGCAACAGGCAGUGCCAAAACCAAUCGCCAUGGAGCCGUGUUGGGGGAGCCGAGCAGGAGUUCUUACAGUGGUAAUGCACCUCCCAAGACUCCCUUCUGGAAUACCUCCACCGGGACAGUCUGGUAUUGCUAUAGCGAGUGCUCUGGUGGACACAUCCCAGCAGCGAGUGGUGGACUUUAAAGAAAGAGGCCUGGGUCUGAAACACCGCAAACACACCGUACACCAUCAGGGGACCUGUGUUUGAAAGAAGUGACCCCCCACACCUACCACCUGAGGGUUGGACUUUACAUAAGAUUGAUAAGAAGGUGAAAAUGGACAGCAACUCCUGGAUUCUUGGGGUAAAAUGUACUUGCUCUCGCAUUUUCCCUGUUAUGUUACAUCUGUUUAUGCAAGAGAAGGCAGUUUUUUUAACCAGUAAACCAAAAGUCUCAAGAGCUCCAGUGAAAUAGUAAAAGCCUUCUUGACUUAGGAACUCACUUUAGAGCUUUAUUCAAAGACAAAAAUAAACUCAUGUUAAACUUUAAACUGAGUGUACUAUUAUGAGGAUUUCUAAAGUCUAUUGUUGUUGAAGAAUUGCGUUUUAUUAUCUGGAUUCAUGGCUGUUGAAAUCCAUCUCCUCCUUUGACUUUUGAAGUAUAUUUUCUGCACCAUUUUAUGUUGUAGAUUUUGAUAACUGCUCAGGUCCUCUGUGAUCGAGAGGUUCCAUCUGAAUGCACUGAGACUGAAAUGCUUUAUCCGUUCACCCUCUGAGGGACCUUUAUGCAAAUAUGAAGCAACAUAACCUAGACGUCUCUGUCAAAUAAACUACUAAUGCCAUUCACAUGACUAUUCAUUAAUCACUGUGAAGCAAUAUAAUACAGUUUUCCUCUUUAUGUUUAUUUGAUUGUAACAUAUCAAGACAUUAACUAUUUAUUAAUUAUGCAAAUUAAAUGUAAACAAUUAAGCAGGUUUUACAAAUGCACUUUUUUUACUUAAAAUCUGAAACUGAAAUUAUGGAAUCUGUACAGUUUACCUUUUAUAUUAGGUGUGUCAAACUCCAGUCCUCCAGGGCCGGUGUCCUGCAGCUUUUUAAAGUGUCCCAAUUCCAACACACCUGAAUCAGAGGACUAAAUUACCUCCUCAUACACCCAAGUUCUACAGAGUCCUGCUAAUGACCUCAUUAUGUGAUUCAGGUGUGUUGACAGAGGGACGAAUCUAAAAGCUGUAUAGCACUGGCCCUCGAAGACUGGAGUUUGACACCUGUGUUUUAUAUGAUGUCAGACAUUUUCGCUCUACGAAGCUUGUUCAACCUUUAUUUAAUGUUGUAAAAUCACUGUAUGAAAUGCAUAAAUGCUGUGAAAUUACAAUAUGACUUGACACACCUGUAUUGUCAGUAUGUAAUUUUUCACUGGAUUGUUGCUGAGAAUUGGAUCAACAAAUGGCAGCUCACAAAACUGUUUUUGUCCAACUGAGCAAAGAAAUUCUAUAAUUUAAA